AGAGAGAGAAAGAAAGCAGGAAAGGUCAGUACAUAAAGAAGUUUUGAAACCUAUGUCAAACAGCCACUGAUGUUUUAAUACAGCCCUGGUGUAUUUUUUUAAAAUUCUUACACUUCAGGCUGGUAAGCGAUCUGAGAGAGAGAGAGAGCAAGGUUCAGGUUUGACACCAGCAGAUAAAUAAUUAACAGCAUGAUCCGCUGCUCAUCUGGACUGUAGUUGCUGUCUCAGCCUUUAACCAAAGAGUGUUUCCGGAUAGCAGAAAGAAAGACUUGUUCGCAAAACUUCUCGUGACAUCUGUUUACCCUUCUCUGGACCAUGGCUGUUUCAACUGAGCAAGUCUAUUACUCUACUCUGAGUGCCUAUCAGAAUAUAAUGGAACAGUUCAAUCCUGGAUUACAGAAUCUGGUGUUGCUUGGGAGCAACUUUGUCAGAGCGUUUCGAACAUUGACUGGGGCGGCAAAUGCAUACUUUGCUGCGGUUGCGAAAUUUGGUGAGCAGGCCCUGAAGACGUCGACAUCGCAGACACUGGGUCAGGUACUGUUGCAGAUGGCGGACACCCAGAGGGAGCUAAGCAACGACUUAGAAAUCAUUUUUCGGAGGUUUAACGACGAGCUCCUUCGGGAAAUGGAACAGAAUACUAAACUGGACAUGGAUUAUAUAAGUAAAAGCAAGUACCAAUUUGAAAAGGAACACAGAAGCAGGAGUCAGAUGUUAAAAGAAGCAAACACAGACCUGCAGAGGGUGGAGCGGAUGAGAAGCCCAUACAUCAGGGAUGUGCAGGAGAAGUUUCACAGUCUCGAGACUGGCAUGGACUCAUUCCUGCAGAACAACUACAAGCUAGUCAUAGCUGAGGAACGCCGUCGCUAUCGGUUCCUCGUGGAGAAACACUUCCACUUGUCCUGCAACUUCCUCAGUUUCUACACUAAGGCACGGGAUUCCCUUCACAACAAGAUUCCAGUGUGGAGUGAACACUCCAGUGCUGCAUCGCACGGCAACAUCUCCGGCAGAGCCAGCCCACGCAUCUCAACAGUGCCUCCCAACGUGAACGAUGCUUCCAAUUUCAACAGCAUCUCGAGACGCAGCUUUAUACCCAGCCCUCAGCCUUUGAGAAGAUGGAAUGAGUUAAAUGGAGCUGAGCUGUCACUAUUUCCAAAUCCCGAGCUGUCGAAAUCAGGAGAAAGGAGCCCUUCCAUGAGACUGAGCUCAAUUGGUGGCCUGUCGAAUUUUGGACCUCAAGGGACCAAGGUCAAUGCAAUGAUCAGUACUACAGUCCGGGCUGUCGUCUCCCAUUCUGCUGCGGGAAAUCAAAAUUUGCUAAGUUUCGAGAAAGGUGACAUCAUCUUGAUAUUGGUGCCAGAGUCAAAGAAUGGCUGGUUGUUUGGAAAGCUUGAAGGAACAUCUAGACAGGGCUGGUUCCCGCACUCAUUCGUACAGCCUUUUCAAGGAGAGAGUCGGUCACAUGAGACAACACUCAGGCCAUUUCCCUUGAGGAGCAGUCGAAGUGUCGAGAAUCUGCUGGAGCCCAGGGAUAAGUACAUGGUACCCCCAGCAGACUACAGCAGUUCGGCCGCAAGCUCGAUCCCUGUCCCACCGCCUCUGCCCCAUAGCAUGUCCCGGAGUCAGAGUCCAGCUCCGCCAAACCAAAGGAGCCGGCGGAACAGCACAAUCAGCCUGGCUGUGUCAGAGGGUGGCCAAAGCAGACUCUUUGGUGGUCCAGAUAACCAGCCUGAGAUUUUUCCAAGGGGAACCAAUCCAUUUGCCACCGUGAAGCUGAAGCCAACUGUCACGAAUGAUCGGUCGAUGCCUCUCAUCCGAUAGAGUAGCUGAUGUGGAUAUGGUGAAGAACUAACUCAGCAGAACUUUACGUCCACAACAAGAGCACGAUCACUACCAUUGUCUCUUUCCAAGACUUUCUUGGGACUAAAGUGUUUAGAUCUCAAAGGAAAAUAAAAAUUAAUAUAGGAGGGCCCUUGAGUAAGAUGGCUUUGAAGGGUUCUACUCACAGGGAAUAUCAUUAGCAACACCUCACACACAUUCUAUGUGAUUGACAUGAAGGGCACAUCUUGAAUCAGUGAGCAGCAGGGAACAGAAUACACUACCAUGACCCUGGCAACCAAUGCUUGCAAAUUAAGAAGGAUAGCUUGCGCGGGGAAUUAAAACAUCUCAUUGGGGUUAGUCAUAUCCCAAAAUCUUCCAAAGCUGUAUCCAGUCUCUAUGAAGAAGCUAGAUUUGGUGUAUUGCUCCCAGUGUGAGGAUAAAAGAUUCCUAUAAUUGCCAGAAAAUUCAUGUGCCCCCCCCCCCCCCCAAAAGCAGGAAUUUCCAACACUUUUCAUGUUUAGUUCAGUUAAGUAUGAGAUAUUAUAUUCUGGGAACGCAAAGGGUCUCAGCCCAAAACAUCAACUGUUUAUUCCUCUCCAUAGAUGCUGUUGAGUUCCUCCAGCAUUUUCUGUGUGUUCCUCAAGGUGGGACUUUCACAGUGAAUGAUGGAGUCCUGGGGAGAGUUGUAGUACAGAUGACCUAGGAGGAGAAUUACAUGGAUCUUUGAAAGUGGAGUGAGUUAGAGGUAGACCAUGUGGUGAAGAAGGCUUUUGAUACCCUGACCUUCAUCAGUCAGAGCUAUACGUAUGGAAAUUGGGAUGUUGCAGUUGCACAUUGGUGAGGCCAUAUUUGGAAUAUUGGGUUCAGUUUGGUCAACCUGCUAUAGGAAAUACACAAGUAAGAUGAAAAGAGUGCUGAAGAGAUUUAGAAGAAUUUUGCUCUGAUGCAAGGGAGAAUGGUUAAGGAGAGGUUGAUCAUAUAGAACUGUAAAAUUCAGGAGGGGCAUAGAUUAAGAUUAUCGUUAUUUGUUUCAUGUAUAUUGAAAUGUGUCAUUUACAUCAAAGAUGUACAGUGGGGCGGGGGCAGCCUGAAAGAGGUGCCAUGCUUCCAAUCCCAACAUAGACCACAACUUACUAGGCCUGACUGUAUAUCUUUGGAAUGUGGGAGGAAACGGAGCGCCUCUGGGAAACUCACAGGGAGAACAUACAGUUCUUAGAGACAGCAGCGGGUAUGAAACUUUGACUGCUGACAGCAGGCACUGUAAAGUGAUUGUGCUAACCAAUACACUACCAUGCUGCUCUGAUGGGAAGGUGGGAGCUGGAGGGUAGAUGGAACUGGACCACAAGUCAGAAGUGAUCAUGGAGAAUGAUUCAACAGCUCUAAGGACCGCCUCCUCUGUCCCUUCAUAGAUACCACACAAAAUGAGUUGGUUUGCUGGGAGGGAGAACAUACUUUCCAUAAGAGCUCUGGCUCCCCCUUACCUCUUCUCAUCUCCUCAUCUGCUUAUCACCUCCAUGUUCUAUUUCUCCCAUGGUACCCUCUCCUCUCCUGUCAAAUUCCUUCUUCUUCAGCCCUUUACCACUUCCUCCUAUCAUUUCCCAGAUCUUUCUUCAUCCCUGUCCCCCACCCACCUGGCUUCACCUAUUUCCUUCUAACUUGUAUUCUUUCCCCUUCCCCUACCUUCUUAUUCUGGCUACUUCCUCCUUCCCUUCCAUUGCUAAUGAAGGAUCUUGGCCGGAACCAUUGACUCUAGAAAUUUAUCUCCAGAAAUGCUGCCUGACCUGCUGAAUUUCACCAUAUUUUUUCUGUAUUGUGGAGGGUCUUUGUUCAUUAUUAAGUUAAUUGUGUUUGCCGAUUUGCAAAACAAGUGAAUGACUUGGCGGGAAAGGGUAAAAGGAGAAUCGGAUUGUAUUGGGAACUCGAAUCAGCGUCAAUACACUGAGUUCUGUCAGAAUCGUAUUUAUCCUCACUCACCUUGAUAACAUGAAAUUUGUUGUUUUGUGUGAAAAAGCACAAAUCUACUAUAAAUUACAAAAAUAGAUAAAACAGAGCAAAAAAGGAAUAAUGAGGUAAUGUUCAUGGACCAUUCAGAAAUAUGAUGAUUAAGGAGAAGACACUGUUUCUGAAUGAUUAGUGCCUGGUCUUUUGGUUCCUGUAAUGUCUCCCCAGUAGUAAGGAGAAGAGGGCAUGUCCCAGAUAUUAAGGACCCUUAGCAAUGGAUGCUGCCUUCCCGAGGUGCCAUUGUUGAAGAUGUCCUUGGUGGAGAGGAGGGUUGUGCCUGUGAUGACGCUGGUUGAACUACAAACCCCUGAAACCUCUUGUGAUUCUGUGGAUUGGAGCCGCCAUACCAGGCGAUGAUGGAAUCAGUCAGUGCUCUCCACUGCACGUCUAUAGAAAUUUCUUAAGAGCCCUUGAUGACAUAUUAAAUCUCUUCAGACUCCUAAUGAAGUAUAACUGCUAUCGUGCCAUUAUCAUGAAUGCCCAGGGUAGAUCCUCUGAGAGGCCAUGUACAGAGUUCUGACAAAAGUCUUCAACCUGAAAUGUUAACUCUGUUUCUCAUCCCACAGAUGGGGGAUGACCUGCUGAAUAUUUCCAUGAUUUUUGUUCUUAUCUAUUUCCAACAUCCGCAGAUUUUUGUUGAUUUUCAGAAAAGUGCCAUUAUUUUCAAAAUAAAUAUGGAAAAAGAUAGGUGUGGUCUGCAGGCUAAGAUUCUAAGUUGGUGAAAGGCCGAUUUUGUUGGUAUCAGAAAGGAUCUGGCAAAUGUGGAUUGUGACAGGCUGUUUUCUGGCAAAGAGGUACUUGGCAAAUGAGAGGCCUGAAGUGAAAUUUGGAGAGUACAAGCUUCACAUUAGGGUUAGGGUUAGGAUGCCUGCCAGAAUAAAAAGUAGUGUAGGAAACCUUGGUUUUCCAGAGAUACUGAGGCCCUAGUUAAGAAAGAAAAGGAGGUGCAUCGCAGGUAGGAACAAAUGGGUUGCUUAUGGAUUUUAAGAAAUGCAAGCGAUCAGGAAAGCUAAAAGAAGGCAUGAACUUGCCCUAGCAGACAAGGUGAAGGAGAUUCUAAAGAUAUCUUAAGUGCAAAAAGAUUUCAAAGGGCCAAGUUGGUCCUCUGGAAGAUCAGAAUAGUAAUCCAUGUGUGCAGCCAGAAGAGAUGGGGGAUUAAAUGGUUUUUUUGCAUCUGUAUUUACUUAGGAGACAGGCACAGAAUCUAUAGAAGUGAGGCAAAAUGAAAGAGGAGGUGUUUGCUAUCUUGAGGCAAAUUAGGGUGGAUAAAUCUCCAGGGCCUGACGAGAUGUUUGCUCAGACCCUAUGGGAGGUGUGCAGAAAUUGCCAGGGUCCAGCAGAGAUAUUUAAAUGCUAGUACUGGAAGAUUGGAGAAUAGCCAAUUUUGUUCUGCUGUUUAUGAAAGGGUCUAAAUAUGAACUAGGAAAUUAUAGGCCAGUGAGCCUGAUAUCAGUGGUGGGAAAGAUACUGGAAGGUAUGCUAAGGGACUGGAUAUAUAAGUAUUUGGAUAGACAGGGACUGAUUAAGGAUAGUCAGCAUGGCUUCGUGUGUGGUAGGUCAUGUCUAACAAAUCUUAUAGAGUUUAUUGAGGAAGUUACCAGGAAAGUUGAUGAAAGCAAGGCAGUGGAUAUUGUCUACAUGCAAGGCAUUUGACAAGGUCCCGCAUGGGAGUUGGUCAAGAAGGUUCAGUCGCUUGGCAUUCAAGAUGACAUUGCAAAUUGUAUUAGACAUCAGCUUUGUGGGAGAAGCCAGAGGGUGGUAGUAGGUGGUGCCUCUCUGACUGGAGGCCUGUAGUUUGUCAUCUAUAUCAAUGAUCUGGAUGAUAAUGUGGUUAACUUGAUCAGCAAAUUCAUGGAUGAUAUCAAGAUUGGGGGUGCAGUGGAUAGCAAGGAAGACACUCAUGGCUUGCAGCAGGAUCCGGACCAGUUGGAAAAAAUGGGCUGAAAAAUUGCAGAUGGAAUUUAAUGUGGAUAAGUGCGAGGUGUUGCACUUUGGUAGGAUCAACCAGGAUAGGUCUCACUGAGGAGUGUGGUAGGACAAAGGGAUCUGGGAAUACAAGUGCAUCAUUCUUUGAAAAUUACAUCACCGGUAGGCAGGGUUCUAAAGAAAGGUUUUAGUACAUUGGCCUUCAUAAACCAGAGUAUUGGGUACAGGAGAUGGGGUAUUCUGUUGAAGUUGUAUAAGACAUUGAAAAAGUACAGAGAAAAUUUACAAGGAUGUUGCCGAGUCUGGAGGACCUGAAUUAUAAAGAAAGAUAGAUAGGUUAGGACUUUAUUCCUUGGAAUGUAGAAGCUUGAAAGGAGAUUUGAAUUAUUUCCUUGGAAGGUAGAAGCUUGAAAGGUAUACAAAAUUAUGAGGAGUACAGAUAGGGUGAAUACAAGCAGGCAUUUUCAAUUGAGAUUGGAUGAAAGGUGAGAAAUUUAAGGGAACGUGAGGGGAAACAUUCUAUCAGAGGGUUGUGAGAUUGUGGAAUGAACUGUCAGCACAAGUGGUGCAUUUAAAAGAAGUUUGGAUAGUUGCAUGGAUGGAGGGCUAUGGUCCUGGUGCAGGUCGAUGGGAAUAGACAGUUUAAAUGGGUUGGCACAAACCAGAUGUGCCAAGUGGCCUGUUUUUUUCCAUAAUUUUCGACGAUUCUAUUACUCUAAAAGGAAUAGAGAUCGAGAACAAACAGACAGGGAGGCGUAUGUGUUCAGAAUCACAUUUAUUAUCACUGACAGAUGGUUUAUAUAUAAAAUCUAUACAGUAUAUAAAAAAUUAAAUAAGUAGUGCAAAGAUAGUGAGGUAGUGUUCAUGGGUCCAAAUCCAUUCAGAAAUCUGAUGUUGGAGGGGAAGAAGCUGUUCCUAAAAGGUUGAAUGAACCAAUGGUAGUAAUAAGAAGAGCCCUACAUGGUGAGGGUCCUUCAUGAUGGAUGCCACUGUUUUGAGGCAUCACCUUUUGACCAUGUCCUCGAUGGUGAGGAGGCUAGUGCCAAAGAUGGAGUUGGCUGCGUUUACAACCCUCUGCAGCUUUUUUGGAUGUUGUGAUGCUGGAGCAUCAGGCUGCAUCUGCAGAGACAGGAGUAGACACAACGUUUUAGCACACUAACAUUUGAAAGGUUAUCAAUUUGAAAAGAUAACUUUGACUUGUGCAGGAUUUUCUGUGUUCAUUUCAAAUUUUUGCCCAUGAGGUAGUUUCAAAGUUCGAAGUACAUUUAUUAUCAAGGAAUGUAUAAAUUAUACAACCUUAAGAUUUGUUUGCUUACAGGUAGCCACAAUGCAAGAAAUUCAAAAGAACCCAAUUAAAGAAAAGAAUAAAAAUAAAAGACCAACACCUGAUGCCCACCAUUGUGAACAUCUUCAAAUAGUGGCAUGCAUCAUUAAAGACCCCCAUCAACCAGGACAUGCCCCCUUCUCACUGCUACCAUCAGGAAGGAGGUACAGGAGCCUGAAGGCACACACUGAGUGAUUCAGGAACAGCUUCUUCCCCUCUGCCACCCGAUUCCUAAAUGGACACUAUGUCACUAGUUUAUUGCACUACUUAUUUGAUUUAACUUUUAUAUAUAUAUAUAUAUAGAGAGAGAGAGAUUCUUGCUGUAAAUCACGGUUUUUGUUUUUAUGUAUUGCGAAGUACUGCUGCUGCUAAGUUAAUAAAUUUCAUAUCGUAUGCCAGCGAUUUUAAACCUGAUUCUGAGUUGCGGGCAGGAAUGGAAAAGGAUGUACAAUGUCCCAUAAAAUUAGUCUUGGUUGACAGUAUCCUCAGUGAUAUCAACUGUUCCUGAGUUUGGAGAGGUUUAAUGAUGGACACCCUCAGUACUGAAGGUGCGCCCUCAUUUUAGUGAAGUUUAUUGAGUGAAAAUAGCAUAAAGGUAAUUCUUUCCACAGGCACUAAACUUUAUUGAAGGACAUUUACUAUCAUUUCUUUGAAGUGAAGCUCACAGAUCUGAAAUCACUCACAGGAUGCUUUUUCACAAAACAACAAUAGCUCCUGCUCUGCAGGGAAGGGGAUUAAUGAUAUGGCAGAGCAGAGGAAUAUACCGAAAAGAAAUAAGGCUUGACUUUUGUGUCAAUGGGAUUGGCAGAUAGGUUUAAUUCUUUGAGACAGAGCACAAUUUCAUCCCAAUGCAUUUUGUUUCAUAAACAGAUGAUGGAAAUGCUCCAUAGGCCAGACAGCAUCUUUAUAGACAGAGGCAGAACUAUUGCUGCAGAUUGAUGACUUUCACCAGAAGUAGGUAAAGUAAAAAAUCGAACAUGCUUUUAAGUUGUGGAGUUUAGAGAGAACAAAGGUAAAUGUCCAUGAAAGGGUGGAGACCAAGAGAGACUAAAUGACAAAGGAGGUGGUGAGGUUGGCUCAGAGAGGAUAGGGAAGACAUGUAAAGUAGUGUUAAUCUGUCUUGACCUAUUAUCAGGGUGGAUGAGUCUGAUGCAACCCCAGAAAGUGCAGAAGUUCCUGGUGAGAAAAUGGAUUUGCCAAAUUGCAGUGAAUUCUUAUUAUCAAUGUCUUCAAUGUAUCACCACAAGAGAAUGAAGCACUACAGACAACACUUUACAGUACCAAAGACCUGGGUUCAAUUCCUGCCGCUGUCUGUAAGGAGUUUAUACAUUCUCUCCAUGACUGCAUGGGUUUCCCCCCACAUACCAAUUGGUAGUUUAAUUGUUUAUUGUAAAUUGUCCUGUCAUUAGGCUAGGGUUGUUGGCUGAAAGGGCCAGAAGGGCUUAUUCCAUGCUGUAUCUCAAUAAAUAAAUAGCCUGUUCAGUGGGUCAAGCAUUAUCUGUGGGAGGAAAGAAAUUGUUGAUGUCUUGGGUCAAAAUGUAUGGCAACACUUGGCCUGUUGCUUAUUGGUUGUUAACAGAAAUCAUGCAUUUCACUGUAAUGUUUCGAUGCACAUGUGAUAAAUAAACAUGAAUCUGAAAAUCCUGUAAUAGCAGUCAUCGAUUGGGAGAAAGAUCUUUAUUCUAGUAAAACUUAUAAGUUCAGUGAAGAAAUAAAAGGUAUUAACAUCUGAAUCUCUUGCCAACUGUUUCCAGUUGGCAUGAGGCCAGUGAUAGACAUUUUUAUGUUGUUGAAUGCAUGCCCAUCUGGAACUGAAUUACAACCUUCAAAUUAAUUUCAAUCAGGACCCUAUAUCUAAUAAAUCUGAACUGGCUUUGAACCCUGGCCCCAGAGAUGAAAGAAGGGGCUUGCUUCCCAAGAUGCAAUGGGACACUCCUGUAACUCAAUCUCAGAUAGAUUUGAACCAAACCUGAGGCACUGCAAAAGGUAAGGGACUAAAAGAGGAACUGAUGUCAUGGCCAGUUUGCUGAGCAAAGCAAAGGAGGAUCACAUGAGAAGAGCUUGAAGCUCAUUGCGAGUCAGUGUAUAUUUGUCUGAGCCUGCUGAUACACUCAGUCCUCAUUUUAUCAGGUACAUCCUGACCAAAUAGAGUGGCCACUGAGUGAAUGUUGGUGGUCUUCUGCUGCUGUAGCUGUGUUCGUAUGUAUGGUUAAAAGGGUGUUUAGUGACGCUCUUCUAUACAACACUGUUGUAACGUGUGAUUGUUUGAGUUACAGUGCUCCUAAUAGAAUGGCCACUCCAUCAUUCUGGAGUUUUUACCUAGGGUUAUGAAUAUUGUACGGUUCACCUGUUGUCAAGUGUGCCUACUACAUAAGAGAAGCGCAGACAGCCAGUAUUAUCUGGGGAAAGGCAGAUAAACAAUCAGAUGUCAUGAAGAUGGCAUCAAAGAGGCUUGUGUGGAGCACAGCCAGGAGGCCAAAAUGAUUUCUUCUGCACAGUGGUGAAGUUAUUAGACUGGUGUCCAAAGACUUGGACAGUGAUUCAGGAUCAUAAAUUCAAAUCUCAGAUUGAAUUUAAAUCUAAGUAAUUACAAAAACCUGGCUGGUGUCAGAAACUGCAAAACUACUACAGUGUAAAACCCACACAAAAUGCUGGAGGAACUUAGUAGGGCAGGCAGCAUCUGUGGAAACAGUCAAUAUUUCAGGCUGAGACCCUUCAUCAGGACUGGAGAAAAAUAGAAGAGAAGUCAGAGUAACAAAGUGGGAGGGGGGUAGGGAAGGAAGAAGUACAAAGUGGUAGGUGAAACCAGGAGAGGGAGAGGAGCAAAGUAAAGAGCUGGGAAGUCGAUUAGUGAAAGAGAUACAGGGUUGCAAAAGGGGGAAUCUGAUAGGAGAGGACAGAAGGCCAUGGAAGAAAGGGAGUACCAGAGGGAGGUGAUGGGCAAGGAAGGAGGUUAUGGAUAUUAGGUGGGUCGGGCAGCAUCUAUGAGGGGAAAAAACUGUCAAUGUUUCAAGCUGAGACACUUCAGUAGGACUGGAAAGGAAGGGAGCAGAGUCCAGGACAAGAGGGUAGAGGGAGGAGGAGUACAAGCUGGCAGGUGAUAGGUG